GAGCACCUAAUCCGUCACAUGCUGGUGGUAGACGCCGACAAGCGGCUGUCGCUGCGGGGCGUGGCGCGCCACCGCUGGCUGGCCGCGCACACAGAACACGCCACGCAACCAGACGCGUCAAUCGGGCAGUGCUCGUGCCACGCGGGUUCCCAUGUGCCUCAUAUGUCCCGCGCGGCGGCCUGGCACGACACGGUGCUGGCACACAUGCUGGCAUUGCCCGCGCUCACCGCGGACCACGUGUUCCAGUCAGUCCAAGAGGAGAGGUUCGACCACAUCUACGCGAUAUACCACCUGCUCAUGGACAAGUUGCAGCAGAGGACCAGCGCCAGGAACAGCCUGCAGCACAGAGACUCGCUCGACUCCACCACCGGCCAGCCUUUAGAUCUCACUAGUUGUAAGAAUCCCGAAGAAGAACAAAUGGAGGCCGAGGAGUCCACGCAGGAGUGCCUGGUGUCGAUCCCGUGCGUCAACGUGGACUACUUGACCGAGCGCGCAGACAGCUUGGAGAAGUUCGGCGACGGCUCGGCGCCGGCGGCAGAAGAGACGUGUCAAACGCGCCAUGAAGAACCGCACGCCGCGCGCAGACACACCGUCGGGCCCGGCGACUGCAGGCACGGACAGGGUGGCGAGCUGGGCGUGUGCGGCGCGGCGUCGGCCGACCUGCGCGCAGGCCCGCUGUACGUGUCCGCGCACUUCAACCAACAAGCGCCAGCGAACGUGUCUUUACUGCCCAACACGAACCUCUGCGGCAAACUGCCGGCCGUCCAGCACCAGCCGCCGCGAUACUUCAGCGUGAAAGACCAGCACCUGCUCAAGCCACCACACGCCAUGCAGGGCCACGCGUCAUCAUUCGGACGACGCGCGUCGGACGGCGGCGCGCACGUGCCGCGAGGUCGCGAGCGAGCUUGCUGCCACUCUGCGCCCGCGCAUCAUGCGUCGGACAGUGGCGCGCCCGCCCGAGCCGAAGACUCGGAGGCGUCGGACGAGCACGGAACAGACGCGGCCUACAACAAUAACUUAUGCAGGUACAUGCUGACUCGCGGCAGCGGCAAGAGACACACCAUCGGCUCGCAGGACGACGCCGCUAAUGCCGCCGGAAACUUGCCUAGUACAUCUCCGUCCUCUACGUCGAGCAUACGAGUGAGGAGGACAGGUCUACUCACAGUCACCGAGCGGCCUCCCGUCAUAAGUCCCGAGCUAGUGAUGGAGGUGGAAGCUCGCAUGAACAGAAACUACCUCCCUCCCUCCAUACAGGGCGGAUACCAGUACCAAGGAUACCAAAACCCACCCACGACGACGACGCAAAACGUACCGCAGAGUCCGACUCAAGGGUCCAUAACGCAAGGGACUCCCAACUACAGUAGUGCAGGACCGAGCGGGCAGAAGCAAAUGGUACCGGUAUUAGAGACGAUACCGCAAGGCAGCAUGAUCGGUACCAAAGGCUCGAUUAUGAGUGGUACGCCCAUCACUACGCAAGCAGCGUCGCCGUUUACACCGCAGUUGAGCCAGUAUUCUCCUACGCAUGGGGCGGUGGUCCAAAGUGGGUCCAUAACCAGUGGUACCCCAGUUCAGAACCAGGGGUCAAUUGUGUCUGGCACACCCAUGAGCACAAGCAGUUUUGAUAGCAAGAAUUUCGGCAAUUUUGGAAGCAACUACAGCGCGCCAAACUUUAACACUAUGAAUACCAACUUUAGUAACAGUAACUUCAGCGGAAAUACCAAUAAUUUUGGCGCCAACGUUGGUACAAACAAUUUUGGUACCAACAUGAGUUCAAACCCCAAUUUCGGCGCGAGCAUGUCUUCAAAUAAUUUCGGCACGAAUAUAAACUCCAAUCCAAACUUCGGUACCAAUAUGAACGCUAAUACCAAUUUUGGUGCGAACAUGAAUACCAGUACCAAUUUCAAUGUGAGCUCUAAUCCGAAUUUCGCAAGCAAUUUCGGAUCGAUUACUAGUGGCACGCCUAUGAACUAUCAGAACCAAGUGCAGAAUUCAACCCAGAUGCAAAACAUGCCCAGUGGCUCCAUCAUGGCCGGAACGCCCUGCCAAAACUCGGUAUCUGGUACCAACCAGUAUACGAACCAAGGACAGUACAACACUAGACAAAGGAAAUACUCCGGCCCUCAACGCGUUAAACUGCAAACGUUGGCGACUGUGCAAGAAAUGGCGCGUGAGCACGCAGAGCGAUACUCGCCGGUAAGACGCGCCGAGUGCUCGCCGCCGCGCGCUGCGCAUGACCUGGCCUCUGCCAAGCUGGAGUACCAGCAGUUGCAGCGCGGCCUGGAAAGGAGAAGUGGCGGCAGCAACGCGGGUGCCUCGCCGCCACUACAGGACACGCGGCUACACACGCCGGCUUCCAGUAUGCCAGGCUCGCCGGUAGCGGCGUGUGGAGUAGCGGCCUUAGACCUAAGCCUGGUGUCGCCCGAGGCGGCGAGGGCAGUGCUAUGCGCCGCGCGCUCGUUACGGGACCCGGCGGCUUUGGACUUGCCUAGGACCAAGCUGCUCACACAGGACAUAGCCUUAAAGCUAGGCAUCAACCUGCACACGCUCUGCCUGCCGCACGUCAACGCGUCGCAAGAACUUUUGAAGUGCAUCCACUCGUACUCGGGCUACACGUUACUGUCGGGACGCGCCUCCCCCGCUUCCCCUGGCUCUCCGCUACAUCAAAUUACUGAGGGACUGAGCUAUCUGCACACAGGGUCCAUAACGAGAGGAACCCCACAAGCGUCAGCCACUCCACUAGACCUCCGAAGCAACGUGGAAAUGGACACAUCUCAGUACCCACAACUCCUCCCAAUGGUCCACCCUCAAGUACACCUAGUGACGCACCGGUCGCUAAACAACUCCCCUAUCUCAAACCCCGGGUCUCCCCUCGACAUGAUCCAAGAGGAGAUCGGGAACGGAUCACACAAUGCUGACGCGAAGUUGUUUUCCCAGGAUAUGACCCGCCAUUUGCAGCAUCAGUUCCAAAACUACGCGUCGACUCAUCCUCAGAUAAGUUUGACAGAUUGUUUAGGGUCAGAAAUAACGCUUGUGGCGUCAUCGUCAGAAGACAGUAUGGACAGUCUAGAAAACACCAAGUAUUCGCUACCGCAGUUUGUGAUUUCUGAACCGUCGGACUUAGACGAUAGGCCGUCCAUAACGAAGGGUAUUGGCAGAAAAGUCAGCCAGGAAUCUGAACCGCCACCUCCAGUUGAAAUCCCUAAAGAAGUCGAUAAGGAUACCGAAAUGGAAUCGCCAAAAGAAACCCCCGAUGACACCAAUAAGUUCUUAAGCGAAGACCUAAAAUAUCCGAGACGAGGCAGCGAUAAGUCGUUAGGAUUCAGUGAUGAUUCGCUAAGCAACGACUCGGCGAAUGUCUCGCCAAACUGCGAGCAGAAUGUCCAGUCGAUUUAUUCGAAUAUAGUCUCUAUUAGUUCAGGAUUCAGCGAAAACAGGGGCAGUUUUUCUGAGCAUAGAGAAUCGUUUUCGUUUUCUGAUCGGGGUAGUUUUUCUGAACGGGGAGAUUUUGGAAGAUCGUCGUUUUCGGAAAGGAGCGACUUUGGCAGAGGCAGUUUUUCCGAAAAGGGGGAGACGCCUAGGUCGUCGUUUUCUGCUCAAGGAACACUAGGAGAAGUUAAGGAGUAUUACGAAGAUGUUUAUAUGCCAAGGGACCCAAGCAGGCAUUGUCUGGAAAAGUGUGACGAAGAAAGCCCCCAAGGGACUGAAGAAAUAGAGAAAUUGCAGCGGUCGACCAUGGAUUUGCGAUUGACUGAGAUAUGCAGGCCUGAGGAACAAAAGAUUCCAAUAUUACUGAGUCCCCAAAAAGUGUCCUGCGUGCAAGAAUACUACGAAGUGACGCUGUCCACCGUAUGCUCAAAGUUAGACUCGCAAAGUAUCGUAGAACUUCUAAAAGAGGCUAUAAAUACUAGAGUGCCCCCGCAGAAUAUAUUCGUAGAAACAAACGGACAGAACGACAGCGAGGACGAAGCCCUAACUGGGUUUCUAAAUCUAGAAUAUUCCGGUGGAAUCCAGAUCGAACUGGUUGUGUGCGAGAACAAAGCUAAAGAAAAGAAAGGCCUGAAAAUGCGCCGGAUAUCCGGCGACCAGCGAGAGUACGGCAAGCUAUGUCAGCAAUUGAUCACCAGUCUGACAGUUAAACGUCACUUCUGACACCUGUCACAUUGACGUUUGUUUGGUUCAAACAAUGACCGUUGACUGUGCCCGUAUAUCGUACGGGAGACAUUGUUAUUUAUUUUAUUAACUACAAAGCAUUUAUUGUUUUUCCUUUCUUCUCAAAUGAGGCGUAGGUACUCCAUUCCUUGAAACUUUCCUUGUGUACUUGUGUAUUUGUACGUCGGCCGGGACUUCUGGCGGCCGACACUUGACAGCUGACGGCUGCGUUUGACAGCUGUCACGCGUGACAUUUGCAAUGUAAUGAGGUGAUAUUGUGCAAUAUUAGAUAUGUUUCAAAUUGAAGUUUGUAUGUAUUGUAUGACUUAGGAUCAUUCACGAUUUGUAUAUUUCAUUCCUUCAAAAUGUUACAGACUGUUUUUUAAUUGGGUAUUGCCCGUUUUCUUUCCAAGUGGCGCCCUCUAUAAUUCAGAUUCUUAUUCCUAACUUUGUAUGUAACUACAUUCAGUAUUUCAACAAUAGAACAUGACUAAAAUAAUCCACUAGGUGGCGCUGAACUCUCUAUAGUGACAAACAAAAUUUAACCUAAAACUUUGGGUUAUAAAGUUGAUUUUCUCAAAAAGAGAUUCAACCAGAGAUUGUAGUUAUGGACUGCUUAAACAUUUUUUCUCAUUUAUAAA